AUGGAACUUAAUCAUAAUCAGCUAGAAAAUGAUAGGGCUGAAUCUCCUCCAUCACCCACUGGGGUAUCAAUUCCUGGAAUAUCUACGAAUAAUGACCCUAAUUCUCAAGAUCAACAAUUUCCAGACAUUUCGAACUUCUUAAGUCAACCAAAAAUGAGUGUAAAACGUCUUCUUAAGCAUACAAUUACAGUCAAAUUAAUUUCAUCGCGCCAUCCUCAAAUCGUAGAAUAUAUCGCAAAUAAUGUCAACGAAUUGAUCUCAAUUAUUUUGUCUAAUCAUGAAAGAUUAGCUGUCCACGCAUAUAACGUUUUAGAGCACCUACAAAAUGAUUUAUUAACAUCAAUUUUACAAAAUUCAAAUCUUCAUGCCCAAAUUCUUGACGCUGUACACAACAAAUCAUCGUCAUCGCGUAUAUUAUCAUAUUCUUGUCGUCUUACAGCACUUAUUUUGACAAUGUGUCCAGGAGAAUUCCCUCCGAUUUGUGAUUACGUACAGGAGUUUUACAAGUACAUAGAAAAUGAUCCAAUAAUCGAUUUCUUCCAGGAGAUAACAAUGGAAGACAUUUCUUACUUACCAAUCCAAGAAUGGCUUUCUUCACUUGGAUUUGCAGAACUGAUCAUCAACGAACUGAACACUAUCGAAAUCGACAUUAAGAAAGACAUCUAUGAUGACAUCCCUCUCCAGAAACUAAGAAACAUGUUCAAACUGAUUGAGUUUUCCAGUACAGCACCAGUUUUGAUUGACAAAUUCCGAUGUCCAGACAUUGUCAAGACAAUUAUGCGAUACACAUCACUUCCUAGAGAAGUUGAAGAUGCGCGAUGGUCCGCACUUAACGUUUUGUACUGUAUUGAGUCCGCAGACAUCAUGAACAGUCUUUUCGACUAUGUUUUCACAUGCAUUGCAGAACCAUACAGACAACUUCACAGCUAUCGUGUUUCUGCACUUCUUAUUUUGAAGAAGAUGCUUCAAUACGACAAAACUCUUAUUCCACGAUUCAAGAAGCCACAGAUAUACCAGAUCCUUCUUCGAACAAUUCUCCAGUUCAGAGAGAACUCAUUCGCACUCCUCGCAGUCGAAGAAUUUCUAUGUGCAGUCUUCCAGAACAAACAACUUAACUCUAUGUACGCACAGGCAGUCAUCCCUCCUCUUAUGUUCGAAGGCACCAAACGCGAGAACAUAUCUCUUAACGCUUUCUCAUUCCGUGUUAUCGAGAACGCUCUGUCAUUCGCAUCACGUGACAGAGAGUUCAAGAUGUCACUUCUCAAGAUCGAAGAAUUUGAUUCAUUCCUUGUCAACGAACUUAAACAACGUCGUCAACUUAUGAAAGACGGCUAUGGCGGCAAACUUCCAGUUGUUUGGGCAUAA